UUAUUUUAGAAUCUUUGUUUGAUAUUGAACGAAAAUUUGAUCUAUAAUUUUUUGUUCUAAAAUUUUUUAUGUACAACUAACCGUUUGGGUAUGAGAACAAACAACGUUCUGAUUUUUUUUCUGAUUUUUGUCUGAUUUUGAAGUUUUUUUUUCUCAUUUCCGUCUUUUAGAUCUGGGAUACCUGAUUGCUGCCCACCUCUCAAAAUAAUUUGGCUGCCGAAUUGUCCACUACAUAAUAAUUCCUGGAUACGCCAGUGGUCACGACAGUUUUCUCACAUAGUUUAAAUUUAUUAAGUCUUGAAACAAAGGGAGAGAACACAACGAGAGAUAUCCACACAAAACAGAGAAUUUUAACACGAAAGUUGUAUAACAUAUUUCUUACAUUUUGCAAUGGCUCUAAAUCUGCUUUUCACACUUAGCCAGUUUAUAUAUGAUCUUUGUAUAUAUGCACUUGUGAUCACUGAUGAGUUCCUUCUCUUCUCGUAUAUUAACGCACACAAAAAAGAAAAUACUAUAAAUACGAUAAUCGUAUUGACACUAUUUUCUUUUAUGUAGCUCUCAUAUUGAACCAAUCUUAUGAUAAGAUAGAGGCACUAAAUGCAUAAUAUGGGCAUAUGAUUCCUAUGAGAAAUCAUAAGAAUCUUAUUGAAUUAUAUAUGAUUUCUCAUAGAAAUUAUAUGCCCAGAUUAUGCAUUUAGUGCCUCUGUCGUAUAAUAAUCAAAAUUAAUUACAUAAUUUCGGUCGACCCAAAUCCUCGCUAAUAGACAAGAAGAGAAUGAUUUGUUGUGUUUGACGCACAUUUUUUCUCAUUACAUACAUGCACUAUUGACUUUGAUCGAUUCUCUUACAGAGUUCAGCUGAGGAUAUCUUGCGUAUAUUUUUACAUUUUUACAGUAGAGUGAACGUUUGCGAACCUGACAGCAGAAACAUUAAUUACCUUAGUCGAAAAAUAAACGAGUUACGAGCUACCUACACAAGUUUUGUAUGUUAUACUUUACGUUACAGAGAGAGUUCUUUUUACUGUCACAUUCACAAUGGUUCACGCUACUGUAAAAAUGUAAAAACAUCUGAGAGAUAUUCACAGUUGAACUCUGCAAGAGACUCGAUCAAAGCCAAUGGCAUAUGUAAACAAAUAUUUUAAAUGUUUUUCAGUUAUCAAUUUCAUCAAAGCGAUUAGUGAGAGAGGCAAACGAUUACUUUUAAUAACAUUUCUUUUCUCUUUAUUAUAGACGUGUCUUCAAGAAUUUCAACUCCAUCAUGCAUCUACGAUGAAUUAUGAAGAAUUAGAGUCAUUUUUAAAACAGCUCAAAAUAUUGAAACGUCUUUCAUUGAAUUUUGAAUGUAGAUAUAAUUUGAUCGAUGGUGAACGAUUAGUACAAGGAUUUUUAUUUGAGAUGAGAGAACUGGAUAAACUGAAUUUUUGCAUUGAAUCACGUGAGAGACUUCUACCAGUAGCUCCUGAUUACGCUGCAACAUUUCAAGGACUAUAUUGGUUAGAGCGUGGCUGGAAUGUGCAUCUUAGUCAUAAACGAGCGCUGUACAUAUGGCUUGCUACUUUAGUAACUUACGAUGAUCGAAAAGGCUAA